UUACAACAGCAGGAUCUGAAAUCAUCGUACGGGCUGCCACAGCCAGGAACAACUCCCACACAUCUUGCUCCAAGUCCAUCUCCCACCCCCAAGCACCUCCCAACCAAAGAGCAGCAUCCACCACGAGAGAGGUUGAGGGCAGUGAUGGCUGGAAAAUCGUGUCUCGGCUCGCUUUAUCGAGAGAACAAGAAGCCCGUAGCUGCAUCUGCCUUCUUGGUUGCGGCUGCGUUACUCUUUACCGCCUCCAUCGUCAUCCAUGUCGCCUCUCCUCACUUCCGCCAACUUUGGACGUAUAUGAAUCAUCACGUUGAUGGAACCGCCUGCUCUGAAUGCGCAAAUUCGCUGGUGCCGGUGCCCAAGGCAACGCGCUUCCACAUCAGCAACUACGGCUUCCCUGGGCCUGUGCCGUGGGAGUGGAUCCGAGCACACGUGCGCGACGAGUUCACCCUGGGGGGCCGCAUCCAGGUGCGAGAUCUGUUCUUCAACACGGACGCACUAGACUCCGGCGCCAAGCCCUACGUGUGGGUUAACGAGAAAAUAGACCGUCUUGCCAGCUUCGCCCGUGCCAGAAAGGCCAGAUUCGGCUCCUAUGGGCGCAACUGCACAACCGCGUUCUUCCAGGCCUUUGACAAGUACUCCAUAAAGGAUAAGAAGGUUCUCGUUAUUGGCAGUCAGUUACCCUGGGUGGAGUCGAUCUGCCUGGGAUUUGAUGCAUCGACCAUCACAACCGUUGACUUCAACAAGCCCAUUGCGUCUCAUCCUAAGCUGCGGCAGCUGCUGGUGGAUGAACUGGAGGAAAUCAAUGACACGUGGGACGUGGCGGUCUCUUUCUCAUCACUGGAGCACGAUGGGCUGGGGCGGUACGGCGACCCCAUGAACCCCAAUGGUGAUCUGGACCGCAUGCAAAAGAUCAAGGGCUUGCUCAAGCCAGGGGGGCUGCUCUUCCUUGGAGUGCCGGUAGGCAACGACACUCUUCUGUACAAUGCGCAUCGCAUCUACGGGCCCAUUCGCAUGCCGCUGCUGCUGUCUGGGUGGAAGCUGCUGGGAGUCUUCGGAGUGACCAGCCUGGAGCAGCUGUACCGAGAGAAUCUCACUGGAGAGAUUGUACAGCCCGUUAUGGUGCUUACGAUGGAGUAAGCUGCCCAUGUCUAGGAUGUGCUAUGCUAUCUUAUUGAAAAUCAUGCCCUUAUCGUAGAAGCGGGCGUUAGGUCUCUUCAAAGCUUGAAGCUUUUACUGAAACCGUGUUGCCUAUGUAGAAUGCUUGAUAUUUGGACUACGAUACCGCCUUUUUAUCAGAACUCUUAUGAAGGUUGUGAA